GGCCAGAUCCAGCCGCUCGCCGGCUGCGCGCAAAUCCUCCAAGUCGAGGUCCAGCAGGCCGCGAUCGAGGUCCAGGUCGCGCUCUGGCUCCCGGUCGUCGAGGUCGAGCUCCAGGAGCAGCAGCAGCCGGUCGCGAUCGCCCAGCAGCUCGCGCUCGCGCUCCAGGAGCCCUCGUCGCGGCCGCAGCCGCAGCCCACGCCGCAGCCCCGCUCGCUCGCCCAGCCAAAGAAGCUGCACGUGGGCAAUCUGACGCGCAACGUGAACGAGGAGCACCUGCGGGAGAUCUUCGGCCAGUGGGGCAAGCUGCUGAGGGUCGAGCUCGGCUGGGACCGUCGCAUCGACCAGCCCAAGGGCUUCGCCUAUGUAGAGUAUGACAAGUACGCCGACUCGGUCGAGGCCCUCAAGCGCAUGGACGGC